AUGCGCGUAGCUGCUGCCCGCGCCGUCGCUCGCUCGCGUCUGUCCCCGCCGCUGCGCACGCCUCCACUGCUGACGACCGUGACACGUCCGCAGCUUCUGUGGCGUCUCUCUCCGUGCGCCACGCAUCUGCCGCUCCUGUCGCUAUGCGCCGCCAGUGGCUCUGUCCGCACCAAAACCAGUGAGCGCGCGUUGCGGCGCAAGAACUUGCGCAAGAUGAAGAGCCAGAAGGGCGGCGAAGUGCCGAUGCUGAAGGAUACGCUGCGCAAGCUGUACCUGCGCACGCACCCGGACCUGUUUGGACGGUACCCGGAGCAGCAGCGCGCGAACGAGGAGUCGUACAAGGAGCUGCUGGGCAUUUUGGAUGCGAUUGAGAAGCACAAUGAGUUCCCUCCUGCCAAGACGUUGGUGCUGCGGUUCUUUCUGAAGACGCCAGUCGAGGGCGAGUUCAAGGAAGUGGACCUGCAGCUGCGCACGACUGGCGGUGCUUGCAACACACUCGUGGAGGAGGCUUUGGGUCGGUUUUUCGGCGAGUGUGGUCUCCCACAGGCAUUUCAGUGGGGAGAAGGCAGCUGGGGCAAGGCUGUGGGCAAGACUGUGGUCGAGAACUCGAAUCUGGGCUUCGACAAGGAGGAAGAAGCGCGUGAGAAGGCGAGCAAGGAGGCGGAGGAGGCGAAGCGUGAGGAUGCAGGUGAGCAGCCGGAACCGGCGUUGGAUCUGGAUGAUCGUAGCGUUACGAUGGAGGAUGCAUCCAUUGAAAAGGUGCUGAGCGAACUCAACGAGGUGUUUGAGAUAAUUGCUGCAGUGCCGCUGUUGGAUGAGAAAGAGUACGGUGAGCUACGAGAUCAUUUUGAAAAGGGCGAGGGUCUUGAUGAGAUCGAUGAACGUGGCUACACGAUUAAGGCAGGCACGCACAAGAUUUGGAACGGCGAGCGCAAUCUCGAUACAAUAGUUGCCGGUGUCGACACGGAUUCAGCUUUGAUUCUACAGCGGAUCCUGUUGCACACGCUUAACAUUGACGUGAAAGUGCGCGAGAUGCUUGCGAAUGGUCGCAAAGACGCUGGCGAUGACGAGUAG